AUGUUAAUUUCUAAAAAAAAAAAGAUACCAUCUUACGUUACAAUCGAGGGGACUACUUCGUUGGUCACGUAUAAAAAUCAAGAACGUACAUGCAUGUUUUGCGAUAAUCCUGGACAUGAAAGAAGGGAUUGCCGAAACAAACCAAAUAACAGAAUAAUUGUAAUUAGAAGACUAGACGCCGCGAUACCAGAUGCCGCGGUGCCAGAUGCUGCGGUACCAGAUGCUGCAGUACCAGAUGCUACGGUAUCAGAAGAGGUAAAUGCUUACAUGGCUAUAUCCCACAAAGAUACAAACAUCAGUCAGGCAGAUAUGGAACGUUUCAUAGAGACAGACGAAUCAUUAUUUGAAAUCGAAGAGUUUUGUAAUAUUGAUUUAGAUAACAAAUUUCAAACAGAUGAAGAGGACGAUGGUAUUGAUAAUAUUGGUUCGCUUAUAGUUAAAAAUGACAAAGCUGGUGAAAUUAUUUAA